UCAAUGGCAAACCUGUUGGGCGUGGACGUACAGGCCGAGGGUCUUUUUUGUCCUAUAAAUACUGCGAGUGUUAAGGGAGACCAUCAUCGAACAGGUUCAGUCAGCAGUCAUGAGGUCUUUGGUUUUCCUUGUGCUCCUUGGAGCAGCUUUUGCUCUGGACGAUGACAAGAUCGUUGGUGGAUAUGAGUGCCAGCCUCAUUCCCAGCCCUGGCAGGUGUCUCUGAACGUUGGCUACCACUUCUGCGGUGGCUCUCUGGUCACUAAGGAUUGGGUUGUGUCUGCUGCUCACUGCUACCAGUCACGCAUCGAGGUCCGUCUUGGUGAGCACCACAUUGGCAAAAACGAGAAUACUGAGCAGUUCAUCUACUCCGAACGUGUCAUCCGCCACCCCCAGUAUAACUCAUGGAACAUUGAUAAUGACAUCAUGUUGAUCAAGCUUAGCUCAUCAGCUGAUCUCAAUUCAUACGUGCAGCCUGUGGCUCUGCCCUCAGCCUGCGCCGCCGCUGGCACCAAGUGUUUAGUCUCUGGCUGGGGAAACACCAUGAGCUCUACUGCUGAUUCCAACAAACUUCAGUGUGUGGAAGUCCCAGUCUUGUCUGACAGUGACUGUAACAACUCCUACCCCGGCAUGAUCACAAAAUCCAUGUUCUGUGCUGGAUACCUGGAGGGAGGAAAGGACUCUUGCCAGGGUGACUCUGGUGGACCUGUGGUGUGCAAUGGCCAGCUUCAUGGUGUUGUGUCCUGGGGUUAUGGAUGUGCUGAGAAGAAUCAUCCUGGUGUCUACACUAAGGUUUGCAUUUUCAAUGAGUGGCUUGAAGACACCAUGAACUCAUACGGACGGGCUCGAGAGUGGGGAACGGCCGUGUGGAAUUCCGACGCCGAUUGUCUGGUCCAGUAUGCCCUGUUUAAGGAGGAGAUGUUGCGGGUCUUUGACCAAUCCGUUCAUGGUCCUGAGGCCUCUCGCAUGUUAUUUAGCCUCCGCCAGGGGAGACCCUCGGUUGUGGACUUUUCUGUGGAGUUUCGCACUUUAUCAACCUCCUGUGGUUGGAAUGAGCCUGCACUUGUAGCGUGGUUCUUCGAGGGUCUCAAUGCCGACGUCAAGGAUGAGGUACUGGCUCGUAAUGUUCGUAAUGUAGUUCCCUCCCACCUCGAUCCUCUCAUCGAUCUGGCGCUUCGUGUGGAGAAGCGCUUCGAGCUGCUGCAUGUGCAACACGUUCGCCAGGUCCUUCAGGUGGCAGCUCCUCUCUCCGCGCUCACUUCCACUAAGAUCCGUUUUAUUUGGAGUGACGCCGCCCAGGCGGCUUUUGACCGCCUUAAAUCACUCUUCUCUUCUGCCCCCAUUCUCAUUUUCUCCCACCGUCUAUCACCGGCCGAGUGCAAUUACGACGUGGGGGAUUGCGAGCUUCUGGCCAUUUGUCUUGCACUAGGGGAAUGGCGACACUGGCUUGAGGGAUCGUCGGUACCAUUUGUUGUCUGGACUGACCACCGUAAUCUCGAGUACAUUUGUUCGGCUAAGAGACUCAACACUCAUCAGGCCCGUUGGUCUCUUUUCUUUGUGCGCUUUGAUUUCACCAUUUCCUAUAUCGCCCCGGUUCCAAGAAUGGAGACCAUCAUCGAACAGGAUCAGUCAGCAAUCAUGAGGUCUUUGGUUUUCCUUGUGCUCCUUGGAGCCGCUUUUGCUCUGGAUGAUGACAAGAUCGUUGGUGGAUAUGAGUGCCAGCCUCAUUCCCAGCCCUGGCAGGUGUCUCUGAACGUUGGCUACCACUUCUGCGGUGGCUCUCUGGUCACUAAGGAUUGGGUUGUGUCUGCUGCUCACUGCUACCAGUCACGUAUUGAGGUCCGUCUUGGUGAGCACCACAUUGGCAUCAAUGAGAAUACUGAGCAGUUCAUCUCCUCCGAACGUGUCAUCCGCCAUCCCCAGUAUGACUCCUGGAUGCUUGAUAGUGACAUUAUGCUGAUCAAGCUUAGCACCCCUGCUAAUCUCAAUUCAUAUGUGCAGCCUGUGGCCCUGCCUUCAUCCUGCGCCCCUGCUGGCACCAAGUGCUUAGUCUCUGGCUGGGGAAACACCAUGAGCUCCACUGCUGAUAAAAACAAGCUCCAGUGUCUGGAAAUCCCAGUCUUGUCUGACAGUGACUGUAACAACUCCUACCCUGGCAUGAUCACAAGCACCAUGUUCUGUGCUGGAUACCUGGAGGGAGGAAAGGACUCUUGCCAGGGUGACUCUGGUGGACCUGUGGUGUGCAAUGGCCAGCUUCAUGGUGUUGUGUCCUGGGGUUAUGGAUGUGCUGAGAAGAAUCAUCCUGGUGUUUACGCCAAGGUCUGCGUUUUCAGCCAGUGGCUUGAAAACACCAUGAAUUCAUACUAAAGUGGAUGAUAACCUCCAAUUCUGCAAUCCAUCAAAAAUCUUUGUUUUGGAGAUAAAAACCUGUGUGAAAAUAAAAGAUUUAAAAACAA